GCUGCAUUUUGCUGCGGAUCGUAGUGCUUAACGGUUGUGGUCGCGUUCGUAACGGUAAUCGAAAAGUAAAGGCGUGCAAAAGGUCCAACUAACUGGGCUGCAGCGGUGAAAAGGAUAUUGAAGUGGAAAAAAUUUCGAAAGCGAAGUGCUUUAAUACUCGUAUUAUAAAUAAGAGUUGUAUAAUAACAGUUGUUUGCUUCAUUCGACUAACGGUAGUAAUAUUAAGUGGUAGUAUUUCAAAUAUAAAAGCGGGCGAUAAAAAUGUCACACUAUUACGCCAGUUGGAAAAUUCAAUAUAGUUUAUGCAUUUUCGGUGUGCUUUGUCUUUCGCAAGCUGCUGCCAUCUAUACCCGCGAAAUAAUUAAUAAUGCGCCACAGCUACAAGUGCGACCAUCCUGGCUGCAGACAUGCAAACGCGACAAUCCUAACGAAGAUAAAUGUUUUCGACGACUAUUUGAGGGUUGCUUUCCAGCCUUCGCGGCCGGUGUACCAGAGAUUGGCGUGAAAAGUUUCGAACCACUGCACAUUGACCAGGUAUCCGUAUCGAAGGGUAGCGGCAAUCUGAUAUUAUCUGGCGGUUUUCAAAAUCUAAUAAUACGUGGGCCAUCAAAUGCCACCGUGAGGAGAGCCAAUCUUGAGCUGGACAAGAAGCUAAUGAGCUUUGAGCUGGACAUACCACUACUGCGAAUACGCGCCAAAUACAAUUUGAAGGGCAAUAUACUGUUGCUGCCGCUGAUUGGUAACGGUGAUGUGCGAAUGGCGCUGAAGGAUGUGAAAACAGCGGUGUACACCAAAAUUCACUUGAGCAAUGAGCCGGAGGAAGUCAUUCGCAUCGAUGAAAUGAAGGUGACCUUCCAUGUGGGUGCAAUGCGUAUACAUCUGAGCGAUCUCUUCAAUGGCAAUGAAAUAUUAGCAGCGUCUAUUAACAAUUUUCUCAACCAAAAUGCCAAUGAAGUAAUUGCCGAAUUGCGGCCGGAUUUGGAACUGGGUUUGGCGGAUAUUUUCCAUGGACUUUGGAAUAAUGUAUUCUCGAAAAUGCCACUCAAAUUGUGGCUGCUGUGAUGAUUAUGCCUUUAUAUAUUUAUUAUGUCCAUCAUAUCUUAAUAGUUGUAUUUAUUUGGAAAUUAAUACAGUACACAUAAAUCGUUAAAUAGGUAUAGUAACACACUUUUAUUAUAUCAUUUGCUUAAACUUAGUUAUUUACGCAUAUAACUGCAUAUACAAA